AACAUCUUUACCGGUCAAGCAGCUAACCAGAUUUUAGCCAUACAAGCCCUCAAAAUAAUAAUAUCCCACAACUGUACUGGAAGGAAACAUGUUAGGACAAGAAGAAACUAACCUAAACCAAAAAGAAACAUCCCAAAAUGAUGACAAUGCAAUCAUCAUAGAACCUAACGAUAAUAACGCAACAGAUUAUCAUCCCGAUGAUAUUCAAUCACAAAUACAAUUAACUGGUAUUGAAGGAUUACCUCACCACCUUCUAUCCGAAAUGAAAACUAAUAUUGGAGUAACAGUUGAAGAGCUGAGUAGAAAGCAUAUUGUCCUUCUCAUAUUCCUUCGCUAUUUUGGUUGUGUUUUCUGUCAAAAAAGUGUUGUUCAGAUUGUCAGCUGUUUGUCAAAUUUAAUCAAGUUGAAUUGUGUGCCCGUUUUUGUUCAUCAAGAAAGUAAGGAAGAAGCUGAUGAAUUCUUUUCAGAGAAGGGAAUGCCUAAGCCAUUGAUCAAGUUGGAAAAGAAGGAAGAUAAAGAAAUAACUGUCAAUAAUCAAGCUUUGACAAGUGAGACAGUGUCAGUAACUUUUGAAAAGAGUGCAAGGAGUAAACUGAUGAAACAAUUUCUAAGAGUCGAAGAUCCAGAAGGUACUUAUUAUUAUAAGCAAUUUGGAGUUGUGCCUUCAGCCACAAAGAUGGUAACUUUCACGUCAACUUUGGAUGCUUUUAAAUUGUCAUUGACAGAAGGUUAUAAAUUGACACCUGAUGCCUCAAAGAAGGCAGAUAGAGAUCAAUUGGCUGGUUCUUUCAUUGUGGCACAUGGCAGAAUAGUUAAUCAAUUUGUAACUCAUUCAGCUUCGAAAAUUCCAGAUUUUCUCGAAUUAUUACUUGAUGUCGAAGGAAAAGGAAGUGAUAAUCUAUUCGAUUUAUUGAGUAUAUCAGACGAUUCUUCAACAAAUGAUGAAGAAUCAAUUGAUAAGGAAGAAAUUGUUCCAGAAUUUGUAGAAACCUCACAGGUCAACCUUGUGGAAAGAAAAAAUAUGAAAAAACUUUUGCAGAAUUAUCCAAUGGCUCGAAAACUUGCUUCUCUCCCAAAAGAAGUAAUGAAAAUGAAAGACAAACGAUCAUUUAGUUGUACAUCAGCUCAAAUUGACCUCUCGUGUACCAUUUCACUCGAAGAAUCAUUAAUCAAUCCACAAUAUCGAAAAGUUUUCAAACUAUUUGCUGCCAAAAUUUAUGCCAUUGAAAGUUUACUGUUUUGGGAACAUGCAACUGCCUAUCAGAAAUUAAAAACUCUGAAAAAGAGAAGACAACUUGCUCAAUAUAUAAUUGAUACAUAUUUGAAUUCGGAUUCCAUGUUGGAAAUUAACAUUUCGUCAGCCAUGAAAAAGAGAGUCUUGUCAACCUUUGAAAAGGAAGGAGCAAUUCCUGAAUUGUUCGAUGAUGUGAAAGUUAGCAUGGAAGGAGAUGCAAUUAAGGAUUCGUUUUUGAGAUUCGUUGAGAGUGAAUUAUACGAUCAGAGAAUUAGAAAGGCAAAAUAAUGAAUCAUUUUCGAAUGGAUAAUAAACGUUAUCUUUCAACUAU